CGCCAUGACAACCGCGGCAGUGCUUGCAACAAACCUUGCACCGUUCAACCCGACAGGAGAUGGGGCAAUACAAGUGGCGAUGGACAUGCUCCGACCCCAAAAGAGCGAUGUGGUGUACGACAUUGGAUGUGGCGACGCGCGCUUCCUGGUGACGGCGGCGGUGUCGACGGGUUGCACAUGUAUUGGGAUCGAGUAUGACGCAGACCUUGUCCGUCGAGCACAUCUAUCUGUGGAACAGCACCAUGUCGUUGAUCUUGUGAGUAUUCGCCAUGAAGACGCGACGGACGCGGAUUUCACCGAUGCCACGUUGAUCUUCUUGUAUUUGGUUCCCAGAGGCAUCCAAGCUCUGCUACCCCGGUCAGUGCAAGCACACCAUGAAGCUUUACGAUUGCAUCUUAGCUAAGCGAUAUCACUUGUGUUUGUACAUGCGUUAGACUCAUCGAAGCCCGGGCUCGCGGCGUCAAGAUUUGCACCAACAUAUUCUCCAUUCCAUCGUGGACACCGACCCGCACAGGCGAGUUCAAGGGCACCAAGAUCUACUUGUACGAUCCUUGAGACUUGCUCGGAGAAGGAGCCGCUGUAGCAUGUGAUCCCGUCGGCGGGACUGUUGUUACAGUACCGGUAGUAUUGUGCUAAUUUACUCGACUUCGUACUUAACCUGGUUCUAUAAAG